AGACAAUAGGAAAUGGUCUCUCAAUGCCUUCUUUCAAACUACCGUAAACUAUAAGCAUUCUUACAGUUUAGUCUAUUGUUCUGUUACUUAACUGUCAGACAACAUGAUUGGCGGUGUCUUUCUGUUUUCUGUGGCAUUUUUGUUACCAUGUGUGGCAUAUUCAGAAAAAGUGAUGCCUGUUGGUCAUUUGAUGCCUUUAGGUCAUCAAAGCCCACCCAGUGUAGAAAUCGAUGAAUUCACUGUGGAUAAUGCUCCAGAUCCAAAUACUUUCUAUGAGAAAUAUGUGAAACCAGGCAGGGCUGCAAUUUUUAGAGGUGCAGUUAAGAAUACUACUGGUUAUAAGAUUUGGAGUGAUGAAUACAUCAGAGAAAAUUACGGUGACUUGGAAGUCAGAUUAGAAGGAAAAAAAGAAUCGGUCCAUACCACUCCUAUUGGGGAAACCUACUUGGGCCGCGACAAUCUUCGCCACUUUGUAGACACUUACAAUUCAUCCAACGUUUAUAUUGUUUCUGAACUACCAGCUGCUAUGUUUAAAGAAGUUGGCGUGCUGCCUUCAAUUGGUGCUUGUGGUGAAAUGGCAAAAAGAUUUGUGGAAAUUGAUAUCUGGUGGAGUGCCGGGGGAUCAAGAAGCAUAAUCCAUAAAGAUGCCUUUAAUCAAAUCAACUGCCUGUACCGAGGAACAAAGUUUUGGAAAAUGUAUGAGUAUAAGUAUGAAAAGUGGAUCCAUAAGCAUUGGGAACCAGAAAAUGAAGUUGGAGGGUUUUCAGAUGUAAAUGUUGAGCAAGUUAAUCUAAUUGAACAUCCAAAUAUUGCCAAAAUUCCAUGGUCCAACUUCACAAUUAAUGAAGGGGAUUGCUUGUUUCUUCCAAAAAGUUACUAUCAUCAAGUAAACUCUGAUGGCCCAAACAACUUGGCUGUUUCCAUACUCUUCGGAAGAUUUGAUGGAAGAGAGAGUAUUGAUGUAUCCGACUGCACGAAAGACACAGAUUACAAAACUCUGAAGCAUUUAAGCGAAUUUGAAGUUAUGUGGCCUUGGGCAGGUACUGGUGUUAUGUCAAUGGGGUGGCCAGACCUUGAAGAACAUAGCAGACGGCCUUUAAUUGAGUUGUCCAAAAAACUUGAAGCAGUUAAUCAAAACAUUACGGUGGUUGAACUUGAAGAAAUGUGGGGGUUAGUUGAUGAGGAUGAUGGCAAGUUAAGAAGGGGAGAUUAUGUAAAGGCUCUUAGUUAUCUGGAUACCAAUGGUGACAAAGAAGUAAGCUUGGAGGAAAUUAAAUCAGCAACUUGGGAACAGAUCCGUACUUACAUCAAGGAAGUCUAUCCAUAUGAACCAUCAAACUCUUAUGAUUUCGAGUAUUCCUACAUAUCAUAUGAAAAGGUGCUUGGUGUGCUGGAAUUGGCAAUGAAAAGACAAGCAUUUUCACGAUCAUUUUGGAUAAAAGUGUAUAUGAAAUAUUGUCAAGGAACACAUAAAUAUGGAAAUGAGGUUUUUACUGGUCUGGUAAACUCUGAAGACAUCAACAUUGUAUAUAGCAAUUCUAUUACCAAAGAAGUCAUUGAUAGAGCGCUUAAAAAUUGGUUGUACUACUGGCAGCCUCAGUAUGCAGACACGACCAUUCGUCCUGGAACAAACGUGGAUGUGAUGAAGCAGGAGUUUGAUGAACACGAAGUCCAUGAAGAUGAUGAAACAACUGAACCUUCACAGUUUGACGAAGAUGAAAGAAUUGUUGAUGAGCUUUAAGAUGUGUUGGUGCUACCCAAUUUUGCUGAGAUGUUGUUUUUAUUUUGAGAAAAGUAUUGUAAGGGCUUGGUGGUCUGCCAUGUUCUAGACAGUUUGUCCUGUUCUGUUGCAAAGUAAAAAAAAAGAAACAACUUGGUUUUUUUU